AUGCUGAAAAUUGAUUGCGGAGAGAAUGCCUUGCUGAGCGGAUUCCACUUCGAGUUCUCCGAAGGAGGUCGCUGGGCUCGUUCCAAAUUCACCUGUUCCAAAGCGGGUGGCGCCCCCGUGGUGAUGGAGCCAUCCACCACGGUGGAAACGCAGUUUCAUCGUUCGGAAGGGGUGUUCUGCCCUGCGUUCCGGAGCACGGACACCGGUCGAUACACCUAUGAGAACUCAAUCACAGGCGACACCUUGGUCUUCCAGGAGGAUGGGCGAUGGUGCGUCAGAGGCGAUUGCUCCAAAAAGAUCGGUGGAGAGAACCCCAUUGAUGCCACGAUGGACAAGCUUGAAGUGGCCAACGUGACAGACUUCGAUGGCGAGUUCGAAGCCAAAGGCGUGCCUGACAUGAGCGAGGGUGGCGCAGCGGGAUUGGCCCAGAAACUGAAGAGGCUGAAGCCACCAAAGAGGCCAGCGCAACCACCCAAGCCCAAGCUUGCGGAAUUCAAGGCGGAGCAACCCAAGUAUGCCGAGGAAUGCCUGAAUUAUGAAGACCUGUGGAAGAAGAUCAUUGAAACGCAGAAGGGAGAGGAUGAUGAACCUGUGACUGAAGAGAAUACACUGGAAGCCGAAGAGGGGACGGAGGGACAAGAACUAUUGGAUUACCAUCCUUGUGCAGUAGCAGCUGGUGCUGGUGGGGUCUUUGGCAAGCUUGCUGGACAAAGCGGAAAGCUGGCGCCGGAGAACAUGCUCUACUCUGAUUGGAACGAAUGCAUGCAAGGAGACAUCAACCGAGAUCUUUACAUGGCACAUUGGGACUUUGCUGGCUUUAUUCAUGAGUUGACAGCGGAAGUGGUCACAGAAGGCAUCAACCUGGUGUGCGAAGCACCACCGGACGUGGAAAUCGCUCCCUUGGGGGCUGGAGUCGAAGUCGAACCAGACGAAAUUUGCGAAUCGGCCACUCAGUUCGCCGAGGCGCUGAGCAGUUUCCCCUUCGAAUACAUGGCUUCGUGGAACGCAUACGCGGUGGAGAAGGAGGGCUUCAUGGCAUGCAAUCCAUUUCAGGUGGGCUUCUCCCGGCUCUUCUGCGACAUUCAUUGUGUCCGCGACGCAGUGGUCCGGGGCGAUCGCACCAUCAUUCGGAACAUGGAGAAGGCCACGAAGAUCACGAAUGACAACAUGAAGAAGAUGGUGGAGUGGUCGACAGAGGCCAAUCGUGCAGAGACGGAGUACUUGGACAAGAAGAUCGAUCAUUCUCUGAAGGUCAACACUUUGUACCUGGACACCAUCAUGAAGCAAACUGAGCCACAGAGCCUCCAAGAUGUGGCUGCCACGACGGGUUCCAUGCUUGAAGAGCUCGACGGCAUGGCCGAGGCUUCAUCCUUCAGCGAAGCUUCCAGACGAAGUGCCAUUGGUGGGUUGACCCACUUCGUUGAGCACGCAGAGCAGAUGCAGUCCACAGGCAACCUAAGCCUGCAAAUGGAUCAUGCAGGCAAGUUUCAGUCCCAAGUCAGUGCGCUCUACCAGACUCUCAAAGGCAGCAGCAACGGCAUGACGAAGGCCCAAGUGGUUGGGAAGCAGAUUGCCUUGGAGGCGAACCGGUUGCAAAAGCAGCUCCGUGGGCAGCUACACAUGUUGGGCAUCUACCGACGUCAAAGCGAAGCUGCACACAAGGAGGCAAUGUCUUGGAACACCAGUGAUGUAGUGGUGACUUUGGAUCACCUGUGGUGGAGGAUUCGCGACCAGCUGGACAAGCACCUUGAUGCUGCGGAACAGGAGGUGGCGCGCUAUCGCUCGGCCUUCGCCAGCUUGGAGGAUUUCCAGAAUUGCAAGUCCAGCUUCAGCGACUUGCUCUCGAGCUAUGCGAAGAGUAUGUCAGUGAUGACGAAGAAUCAUCACAAGCUUCAUAAGCUGUGGCGGGAGGCCUCAAACUCGAUCGGAGAGCUUGCCGCUGUCAUCCAGGAUGGCGAUGUCUUCGGUAAGUUCAUGAAAGAGGAAGGCUGCAAAUCUGCCAUGGCUUUGCAGACCUUGAAGCAGACCACCAUAGCUGUCCAGGGGAUGGGCUUCUUGCAGCAUCGCUUCCACGUGGCCGGGCUGAAGCCGCCUCAACUGGACACCAUCAAGACGGCAGCAUCCCAAGUGAAAGGAGCCUACAAAGGCGCCUUGAAGAUCUGCAGGAAGUGA